AAAAAAUCGGGAGAGAGCCCGAUCGGGCGGAAGCCACGCACGGCGAAGGCUAGAGUCGGCUUCGCUGGCGGCGGCGUCUCAGGCGGGAGGUAGGCGACGUCGGCUCAGGCGGUUGACGGCAGGAGCAGGUGUUGGCAGUUUGUGAGAAGAUUGGAGGCUGGCUAGGGCACGGUUUAGCCUCGCCGUGCAGAGGAGUCGGUGGCUAAAAGCAUCGGUUGUCGGCUUAGGCUUCUGGUGCAGGAGAUUUGGAGGCCGGAGCAAGAGAUGUAGGCAGUAGGUGGUUGGGUCGGACUCGGAGAAGGAAGCACGGUCGCGAAGGUCGACGGGCUUCAACGGGAAUAAUGAAAUUGUUUUCAAGGGCAGAUGCUAGCUCAUCCAAGACUCACCCAGCUGCCACACGCCCAAUCGCACCCAACCUCAACCGUGCACUCAUUGAUGAUGCUGCCGUCUAUCUGGUUCAGUUGGGUGUCAGACCAACUUUCUUUGAGGAGGAGGUCUAUCUGUCUGCCGGUUAUACUGAUCCGAUCUACGCUGGCUUACUUCGUCCAUUCUCUGAUGCUCCAGAUGUUGACCGUUGUGAGCAGUUGCUUCAACUGGGUGUUAAUCACAAGUUCUUUGCGACCUACAGAAGCAUGCACAUGAAUCAGUUCACUUGCUUCCUGCACUUCUUGAAGUCACCCUCAGGUCAGGAAGCUCUUGCCAAGAUGGCGCAGCGGAACAGAUUGGCGAAGCGAGGAGGUGAUCUCCUUUCUGCUCAAGAGGUCGGAACUGUCUCCAUGCUCGAGGCGCAGAUCAAUGACAUAUCAAACGAGAUCACUGACUAUCAUCGACGUGAGGAGGAAGAGGCCGCAUAUCAUGAGUUGGCGCUAUGCGAGAUCAGUGCACGUACAACUGUUCACAUUGAGGAGAUCAAACAGAGUAACCCACCAGGAGGGUUCUACCAGCCUCUGACGGUUCCCGAGUUAAACAGAGCUUGAUGGGGCGCGUAUCUAAGUGCCACUGCUCAGCAGAAGAAAGUACCUGUUCCUAUAUCUGAGAAGAGUUUGAUUGAGGCAGUGCAUACUUACUCCGAUGUGGUCCGCAAACGCCAUAUGUUGGAAUUUCUGAAGAUUGAGGGGAAUACUGAGGCGCUGAACGCCUAUAUUGUUGAGAAGAUCGGUCAGUUUGAAGCCGCCAAGGAUGCUCGCGCGGAGAGGCGAUUUCGUGGCCUCCUGGAAAUCGUGGGUGCAGACAUUCCUGUUACGAUAUCCACUUCGACAAAGAGAAAGGCUUCCAGAGAAGAUCCCGGUGGGGAAGAUAUCCGCGACAUUGAAUAAGAGUCCUUGGAGACCGUUGUUCCACCUGAUGCUGGGGAAACUGUUGAGGGAGAAGCGGCAGCUGGGGGAGAACCCCAAGCCGAGUAUCGGACGCUUCUCCGAACUUCGACUGUUCAGCACGGACAUGAUCCGAAACCAUCCAAGAAUCGGUCUGAUCACAGAGGAAAGAAAGCUGGAUCUGCGAGGCAAGAAGUAAAUGGGUGGCGGGGCUGAGGAAACUCAUUGGUGGUGGUGAGAUGGUGGACUGGCAUAAAUAUUCGUUCAAGUUCCGGGGUGGUGGUUGUUAUGCUGAUGCUAUGCGUCUCCUCGCUGAUGCAAACAUGGAACCACCAGGCCGACUUUUGAAUCGCCACUACACCCUUGAGACCGCCCGUGAGGUUCUUCAGUUCCCUUCCGGCCUAUCCGUUCCGGAUGGGCCUGACUGUUGCAGGAUGAAACAUUUCGAUAAUGAUGCCACUAGUGGCCCUCUUUUAUUUGCCUUUGGUUGUAAACGUAAAGCAGGAUUCUGUGUUAUAUUAUCUCGCUUUAUGUGGACGCUUUAUGA